AUGGGACUGUCAGGGAGUCUCUUUCUCCCACCCGGGCAUGCCCACAGCAGGAGUCUGGCUGCCUUUGCUGGAACCAGGAUGGAAAUUACGCUCUUCCUCUUGGCAUGGCUUUGGGGUGUUGCCGACUCAGCUCCAAUCAGACUAGUGAACGGCUCCAGUCGCUGCGUGGGGCGACUCGAGGUGCUUUGGAAACAGCAGUGGGGAACUGUGUGUGAUGAUGGCUGGGAUCUAGCUGAUGCCAUGGUUGUAUGCAAGCAGCUGGGCUGUGGAGAAGCACUGUCAGCCCAUGGCUCAGCUUAUUUUGGUCAAGGAAGUGAUCGUAUCUGGCUGGAUGACAUGAACUGCACAGGCACAGAAGUUGACCUCUCCGCCUGUAGGACCAGACCUUGGGGAGAACAUAACUGCAAUCAUGGAGAAGAUGCAGGCGUUGUGUGCUCAGGAAUUAAGAAAAUAGCCCAACUCCGAUUAGUGAAUGGUCCAAGUCGUUGUGCUGGGAGAGUAGAGGUUCUUUAUGGCCAGCAAUGGGGAACCGUGUGUGAUGACAACUGGGAUAUAAUCAAUGCUGAAGUUGUGUGCCGGCAGCUGGGCUGUGGGACAGCUCUAUCAGCUCCUUCAUCAGCUUAUUUUGGGCAAGGAUCUGACCCCAUUUGGCUUGAUGAUGUGAGCUGCAGAGGGACUGAAGUUGCCCUCUCCACAUGCAGUGCAAGGCCUUGGGGAACCCAUAACUGUGUGCAUGGAGAAGAUGCUGGUGUUGUGUGCUCAGGCUUUGCACAACCCGCUCCACUCCGACUAGUGGAUGGCUUGACCCAAUGCUCCGGGAGAGUUGAGGUGUUUUAUGGUCAGCGCUGGGGAACUGUGUGUGAUGAUGGCUGGGACAUGGCUGAGGCGCAAGUGGUGUGCAGGCAACUGGGCUGUGGGAAAGCCUUGUCAGCCUCAGGUGCAGCUCACUUUGGGCAAGGAUCCAACCCCAUCUGGCUGGAUGGUGUCCAGUGCACAGGGACAGAAGCUGCUCUGUCUGAAUGUGGAGCCAAUCCUUGGGGAAGCCAUAACUGUAGGCACGAAGAAGAUGCUGGCGUUGUGUGUGCAGGAUUUGCUGAGCUGCUUCCAGUCCGGCUGGUGAAUGGUUCAAGUAACUGCUCUGGGAGAGUCGAGGUGUUUCAUGAACAGCAGUGGGGAACUGUCUGUGAUGACAGCUGGGAUUUAACAGACGCUCAAGUGGUGUGCCAGCAGCUGGGCUGUGGCACAGCAGUCUCAGCCCCUGGGUCUGCUCGGUUUGGACAAGGGACUGGCCAAAUUUGGCUUGAUGAUGUGAACUGUGCAGGGGCUGAAACUGUCCUCACUGAGUGUCGGGCCAGGCCUUGGGGAGACCACAACUGUAACCAUGGAGAAGACGCUGGUGUGGAGUGCUCAGGUAUUGCAGAACCAGCUCCCAUCCGCCUUGUGAAUGGCCCAAGUCACUGCGCUGGGAGAGUCGAGGUGUUUUGGAAAGAGCAGUGGGGAACUGUGUGCGAUGAUGGCUGGGAUCUAGCUGAAGCCAACAUCGUAUGCAGGCAGCUGGGCUGUGGGAAGGCACUGUCAGCACGUGGCUCAGCUCAUUUUGGACAAGGCUCUGACCCCAUCUGGCUGGAUGACGUGGAUUGUUCGGGGAGGGAAGUCGCCCUCUCUGAGUGUAGGGCCCAGUCUUGGGGAUCCCAUAACUGCAAUCAUGGAGAAGAUGCUGGUGUAGUGUGCUCAGAUACACCAGUAAUAGCUCCACUCCGGUUAAUGAAUGGGCCAAAUCGUUGCACUGGGAGAGUUGAAGUAUUUUAUGGCCAGCAAUGGGGAACCGUAUGUGAUGAUGGCUGGGAUUUAACUGAUGCUAAAGUUGUUUGCCAACAGCUGGGCUGUGGAAGAGCGUUAUCCACUCAAGACCCUCCUUAUUUUGGAGAGGGAUCUGGCCCUAUCUGGCUGGAUGAUGUGAACUGCACGGGGACUGAGAUAGCCCUUUCCAAAUGCCAGACCAGUCUAUGGGGAGUCCAUAAUUGUAGGCAUGGAGAAGAUGCUGGUGUUGUGUGCUUGGGUGUUCCAGAACCAUCCCCGAUCCAGCUGGUGAACGGUUCAAAUUUCUGCUCUGGGAGAGUCGAGGUGUUUCAUGAACAGCAGUGGGGAACUGUCUGUGAUGACAGCUGGGAUUUAUCAGAUGCAGAUGCUGUCUGCAGGCAGCUGGGAUGUGGGGCAGCAAUCUCAGCCCCCGGUUCUGCUCGGUUUGGACAAGGGACUGGACAGAUUUGGCUUGAUGAUGUGAACUGUGCAGGAACUGAAACUGCCCUCUCUGAUUGCCGGGCACGGUCCUGGGGAGACCACAACUGUAACCAUGGAGAAGAUGCUGGUGUGGUGUGCUCAGGUAUUGCAGAACCAGCUCCCAUCCGCCUUGUGAAUGGCCCAAGUCACUGCGCUGGGAGAGUCGAGGUGUUUUGGAAAGAGCAGUGGGGAACUGUGUGCGAUGAUGGCUGGGAUCUAGCUGAAGCCAACAUCGUAUGCAGGCAGCUGGGCUGUGGGAAGGCACUGUCAGCACGUGGCUCAGCUCAUUUUGGACAAGGCUCUGACCCCAUCUGGCUGGAUGACGUGGAUUGUUCAGGGAGGGAAGCCGCCCUCUCUGAGUGUAGGGCCCAGUCUUGGGGAUCCCAUAACUGCAAUCAUGGAGAAGAUGCUGGUGUAGUGUGCUCAGGCACUCCAGAACCGGCUCCACUCCGGCUGGUGAAUGGCCCAACUCGCUGCACUGGGAGAGUUGAGGUGUUGCAUGGCCAGCAGUGGGGAACAGUGUGCGAUGACAGCUGGGAUUUGAGUGAUGCCACAGUGGUGUGCAGGCAGCUGGGCUGUGGGACAGCCAUAUCAGCUCCUGGCUCAGCUUAUUUUGGGCAAGGUUUUGGCCGUAUCUGGCUGGACGAUGUGAAUUGCUCCAGUAGAGAGUUUGUCCUCUCUGAGUGCUCAGCAAGGCUUUGGGGAGUCCAUAACUGCAACCAUGGAGAAGAUGCAGGUGUUGUUUGCUCAGGUAAUUUUCAUCCCUACCCAGCUCUGCUGCGACUAGCGAAUGGCUCCAGCCGCUGCGCAGGGCAGGUAGAGGUGUUCGUCGAGCAGCAGUGGGGCACGGUGUGCAAUGACGGCUGGGAUCUCCUGGAUGCUGCUGUGGUGUGCCGGCAGCUGGGUUGUGGCAUGGCCCUGCUGGCCUCAAGUUCAGCUCCAUCUGGGAAAAGACCAAACCCUUUUAGGCUCAGUUCAGUGCACUGUUCAGGGACAGAGGGGUCCCUGAUGGAGUGCAGCGCCCAGCAAGUCAAUGACUGCCACCACAGGGAAGAUGCUGCCGUGAAGUGUGCAGAGCCACCCCAGCUACGACUGGUGAACGGGUCGGGUCCGUGUGCCGGGAGAGUGGAGUUGCUGCACAACAAUCAGUGGGGGACAGUGUGCGACAAUGCCUGGGACCUGCCGGAUGCGGAGGUGGUGUGCUGGCAGCUGGGCUGCGGGGCUGCAAUCUCAGCCAAUGGCUCAGCGCAGUUUGGGCAAGGAUCUGGCACUAUCUGGCUGACUGGGGUGCAAUGCCAAGGGACAGAGGCUACCCUGGCUGCAUGCAGGGCCAAGCCAUGGGGAGUCCAUCACUGUAGCCACCGAAAUGAUUCCAGUGUGGUGUGUGCAGAGCCGAGCGAGGUGCGGCUGGUGAACGGCUCCGGGCGCUGCUCGGGGAGAGUGGAGGUGCUGCACGACCAGCGCUGGGGCAGUGUCUGUGACGAUGGCUGGGACCUGACGGAUGCAGAGGUGGUGUGCCGGCAGCUGGGCUGCGGGACAGCACUGUCUGCGCCUGGCUCGGCUCACUUUGGCCGAGGGCAUGAUCCCAUCUGGCUAGACCGGGUGAGCUGCACCGGGACUGAAGGGGCCCUCUCCGAGUGCUCAGCCAGGCCCUGGGGUGUCCAUACUUGCAGUCACACUGAAGAUGCUGCUGUGGUGUGCUCAGAUCCCACUGAGGUGCGGCUGGUGAACGGCUCCAGGCGCUGCUCAGGAAGGGUGGAGGUGCUGCACGAGCAGCGCUGGGGCAGCGUCUGUGAUGACAGCUGGGACCUGCUGGAUGCAGAGGUGGUGUGCUGGCAGCUGGGUUGUGGGGCUGCACUGUCUGCCCCCGGCUCAGCUCACUUUGGGCAGGGAUAUGGUCCCUUCUGGCUGGACAGAGUUCACUGCACAGGGAGGGAAGCUGCCCUCUCCGAAUGCCGUGCCGAGUCUUGGGGAGCUCGCAACUGCAGCCGCGGGCAGGAAGCCAGCGUUGUGUGUGCAGAGCCGCCUCCCCUCCGGCUGGUGAAUGGCUCCAGCCCCUGCACAGGGAGAGUCGAGGUGCUGCACAACCAGACAUGGGGCAAUGUGUGUGCUGAGGGCUGGGACAUGCAGGAUGCAGAAGUGCUGUGCCGGGAGCUGGGCUGUGGGGUGGCUCUCUCAGCCCCCAAAGUAGCCCACUUUUGGCGAGGACGCCUCUGGCUGGAGGCUGUGAACUGCUCAGGGAUGGAAGACACCCUCUCUGAGUGCCCAGCUGGUUCCUGGGGAUCCCAUGCCUGUGUCCACAGGGAAGAUGCUGCUGUGGUCUGCUCAGAACUCCAGCUGGUGAAUGGCUCCAGUCCCUGCGUGGGGAGAGUUGAGGUGCUGCACAACCAGACAUGGGGCAGCAUGUGUGCCGAGAGCUGGGACAUGCAGGAUGCAGAAGUGCUGUGCCGGGAGGUGGGCUGCGGGCUGGCACUCUCAGCUCCCAGCAAGGCUGACUUUGGACAAGGACAGGGUCCCAUCUGGCUGGUGAACAUCAGUUGCUCAGGGACAGAAGCCACGCUCUCUGAGUGUCUGGGCACGCCGUGGGAAGUCCAGCAAUGCCAUCAGAGAGACGCUGUCAGUGUUGAGUGCUCAGACCCAACUGCGCUCCGGCUGGUGAAUGGCUCUAGCCUCUGCAUGGGGAGGGUCGAGGUGCUGCAUGAGCGGCGGUGGGGCAGCGUAUGUGACCACAGCUGGGGCAUGGAGGAGGCCGAGGUGGUGUGCAGGCAGCUGGGCUGUGGCCCAGCCAUCUCAGCCCCUGGGCAGGCGCAGUUUGGGCAAGGCCAUGACCCCAUCUGGAUGGACGAGGUGGACUGUGCCGGGACAGAAGAUGUGCUCUCCAAGUGCCCAGCCAAGCCAUGGGGGACCCAUGGAUGUACCCACAGUGAAGAUGCCAGCGUGGUAUGCUCAGAGCCACCCACCAUCCGGCUGGUGAACGGUUCAAGCCGCUGCGCGGGGCGAGUGGAGGUGCUGCACACCCAGCAGUGGGGAACCGUGUGUGACGAUGACUGGAAGCUGGUGUAUGCCGACGUGGUGUGCCGGCAGCUGGGCUGUGGGGCAGCCGUCUCAGCCCUGGGGUCAGCGGCAUUUGGACCAGGGGCUGAUCCCAUUUGGCUGGAUGAUGUCAAAUGCACGGGCAGGGAGGCUUCCCUCUCUGAGUGCAGGACCAAGGCAUGGGGAGAGCACAACUGUGACCACGGGGAGGACGCUGGCGUGGUGUGCACAGGUACAGCCAUGCCCAGAUCCACUAUCCCUCUGCCAGUGCUUCUGCUGCUGGGGCUGCUGGUGUCACUGACUCUAGUGGUGAUGAGUGGAGCUGUCCUCUUCCUAAAAUGGAGAAGAAAGAGGUACAAAGUCCUCCAUCACUCAGGCAACGAGGUGGAGCUGAACUCCCAAGGGACACACUGGAUCCAGGGAGGUGAGCACCAUGCAGCCAAGGCAGAGGCCACAGAGGAGCCUCCAAAUGAAAUCAUCUGGGAAGCCAAGGGAAUGACACUGCCCCAGGAUAAGUCCCAGGAAGGACGGGGGGACAACUGCAGUUCCCUCUCUGAUAUCGCCUCAUGAGCAGCACCUUAGUGCAAGGUUCUGUCCCUCCAUCCCUGCGUCUGGGGACGACGUGUGCGAAGAAGGACUUCAAAUCCCAGAAGCCUUUAAUAUUUGAUAUAUAUAUAAAAAUAAACUGGCCCUUCCUGACAUGCACAGAGCAGCUCUUCCUGCCUUCAUAACCCAAACGGGGCAAAAACACUGAGGGAAACUGCUAGCUACUGACAGGCAGACAGACAGACAUACGCUCUGCAGAACAAGCUGGUAUAGGUUUUCCUGCCCACAGGACAUCAGCUUUCUCCCUCCUACUGUUGUCCGAAAAGCGGAUUUAUUGCCCGGUGUGCAAUAAACCAAUAAUUACACACUCAG